AUGAGUCGCAAGACCGUGGCCAUUGUUGCGACGGGUGACGGAGAGGCCCCGAGCCUGCAAGAGGUUGUUUUGGACGACAUCCGCGCCGACGAGGCAAUUGUCGAGAUCCAGGCCGUGGGGGUCUGUCACGCUGAUUUGGCUGUCUUGCACGGCCACAUUCCGCUCCCGUUUCCCCGCGUUCUCGGUCACGAAGGGGCUGGAACCGUCAGAGAAGUCGGCGCCGACAUCGACCACGUCAGGCCCGGCGACAAGGUCAUCCUGAGCUUCAAUCCGUGCCGGGAAUGUGCCAACUGCAAGGCGAAGUUGCCGGGCUACUGCGACCACCAGAUGUCGCGCACCUGGGCGGGCCUUCGCCCGGACCAGAGCUUUACCUUGAGAAGCGGCGCGAGCGGCGAGCCGACCUACGGCAACUUCUUCGGCCAGAGCUCCUUUGCGCGGCUGGCCAUCGCCAACAAAAGCUGCCUCGUCAAGGUUCCCCCGGAGACGGAUCUCAAGCUGUUUGCUCCGCUGGGCUGUGGCGUCCAGACCGGGUACGGGGUGGCGGCAAACACCCUGAAUAUCCAGGCAGGGGACUCGUUCGUCGUCUCGGGUUGUGGCGCCGUCGGACUCAGCGCCAUCAUGGCAGCAAAGGCGCGGGGCGCUGAGACCAUCAUCGCCGUCGACCUCCAGGAGCGGCGCCUCGGCUUGGCCCAGGAGCUCGGGGCCACACACACCGUGAACGGCGCGAGUAGAGACCUGAUUGGAGAAAUCCGAGCCAUUGCCCCUCUCCCAGCGGGUGUCAGGUAUGCGCUGGACACGACCGCCGUGCCAAAGGUGAUCGAGAACAUGAUCGAGGUCGUCGGGGUUCGGGGCAAGAUCGUCAUCGUUGGCGCGACGCCGGCAGAUAAACUCGUGCAGAUCCGGCCGCUUGCAUUCCUGAACGCUGGGAAACAGUUGGUAGGAUGCGUCGAAGGGGAUAGUUACCCGCCAGAGUCAAUCCCCAUGUUGCUCCAGGAAGCCCGAAAGGGUGCUCUUCCGAUCGAGAAGAUGGUUCAGUGCUACAAAGCGGCCGACUUCCACCGAGCCUUUGAGGACAUGGCAAGCGGCAAAACCAUCAAGCCCGUUCUCGUUUGGGACGACAUCGAGGUCUCGACUUGA